AUGGCUACCGACGGUGUACUCUUGGACCAACAUCUUGGCCUGGAUAAUUUGAUGGGCGGAUUAUGGUACAACUUCCUGCGCACAUGGCUAGGCGAUCCCGGCUUCAUUAAUCCACCCAAGGAAGACAAAUUGCGCGCCGUGGUGGAGUUGGCGGAGAAGAAUGAGUUCAGCGUGGCCAAACUCUGCACGACGUGUCUUGUCGUGCGACCGCUGCGCUCGAAACACUGCUCGGUGUGCGGAAAAUGCGUGGCGGUGAUGGACCACCACUGUCCCUUCACCGGCAACUGUGUGGGCCGCGCCAAUCAUCGUUUCUUCGUGGGCUACCUGGUGUGGCUUAGUAUGUCGGGCAUCGGCGCUGUUCACACCGGAUUGACGUAUCUGGGCGCGUUGUACCAGAUCUCCGUGGUGGCCAUGACGACCAAUGAGCGCAUCAAUCAGCACCGCUACGGACACUUCCGUGGGGAGGAUGGGACGCGACUGAGCCCUUUUCAUAAGGGCUUCGUGGAAAUUGUCUCGAAUUCUGGGAGAUGGAAUGCUUUGGUUUGCGGCGCAGAUGGCUGGAUGGGAAACCUUAUCAAAAGCUGA